UGCCGGUUCCCCAUAUGGAAACAACACCGGCGCCUGGGUACCCUGGGGACGAUCUUGCCGCCUAGCAACCGGAGCAGGACCUACAGAAUCACACGGCAGCAAUCAUGGCGGACACAGAGAGUGUGACAACACAGGACAGAACUCAGCCUGAUACAGACCCUCUCAGCGAGCUAUCGGACGAAAGGCUCUACCAACUGGUAGAGGACACACUACAAUCCAACGAUGUGUUACAAACGGAGACAGAGAUGUUUGAGAAGUUUCUGAAGAGGGUUGAGCCCAAAGAUGGCGGGCACUCCAGCCUGGCCUCCACCAGUACACCUGUCACCGCCACGCCCAGCGCAUCCAUGCAGGACCUCAGGACUGUCGGCGGCAGGAGAAGAUCGAAGUCGAAGAGCGGGACCAUCGAGCGUCUGCUGAAGCUGUCUGCGGAACAGAAGUGCGACAUCGCGCAGCGGGAACUCGAGGAGCUCCGGGAGGACAUCGACAAGUUUAAGGAGGAGUCCGAGAAAGUCUUAGACAAUCACAAGGCACAUAUAGAGGAGGCCGACACCAGACUGUCAGAGAUCAGGAAGUCCUCGUAUGAGUUUGAGAGGGACAUCCUGAAGGGGGGAGUCAACCCUCGCACAGGGAAGGUUGUCGGAGAGAGGGCAACCAGAUAUUUUGAGGACAGAAUAAGAGCUAAGGACACGUUGAUAGAAAAACUUCGCCUCAAGAAUUCUUCCCUUAAAGUACAGAAGAGAAAGUUGCAGCUUCAACUAAAACAGAAAGAGGAGAUGGGUGAGGUUCUGCAUGAGGUGGAUUUCCAGCAGCUGAAGAUCGAGAACGCCCAGUACCUGGAGCGCAUCGACGAGCGCAACCAGGACCUGCUCCGGCUCAAACUCAUGGCAGGAAACACCAUGCAGGUCCUCAACUCUUAUAAGAAAAAGCUGAACACGCUGACAGCGGAGUCAGAGAGGCUGAAGUCAGAGAUCAGUUCCAGACAGGACAUGCUGACCAGGAUAGACGCAGAGACGAACUCCGUGGAGGAGGAGAGAUCGAAGGCAGAAAAGGAGAACAAGAAGUACCGUACACAGCUGGCAGACUACCGUGUACCUGACGUACUGGACUAUGUACAGGACAAGGCCGACCUGUACGAGCUGCAGAAAACUGUCAAGAGCUGGGAGAGGAAGGUGGAAAUCGCAGAGAUGGCCCUGAAGACCCAUAAGAAGACGUGGUACCAGAUGCAGAUGGCCAGUCAGCACAUCAGUCCCUGGAAACAGCCGCUGGAGGCUCAGUUUCAGUAGUUAUUAUAGUGUGUCAGAGGAGAGUUCUGUAUGAUAGUUCUGUAAACAACCUCACUUGUGGUACUUGGGAAUUCAGUUACACUCAUUUCACAUUACUUAUAUGUAUAGUGUUAAACAUCCAACUUUGACUUCCAGGUAAAAUCGCUUGAUUGUGCUUCAGUGUAAAUAUGAAGGAAGAACUAUACAAAUUGAAGAGCACAUUUAUUGUAGACAAUGGUGAGAAAGCUACUCUUGGUUGUACAGAAGGUUAGUAUAUAGAUACAGAGUAUCAGCUGUACAUAUUCCUUGAUGUAAGUCAUCAUCAAAUAGUCUUACCAUUGCUAUCAAUGGGUGAAAGUUUUUAGUGUCUCCUUUUGUAAAUACAUUGUACUAUCAAGGCACAACUCUUAACAUUAUUUGUUCUAGUAAGCACCUUGCUUCCAUUAAAAAGAAUAUGCCUAUGCCCAAAUAGUAGCAUUCAAACCUACAUUGUAUAUCUGUUUUGCUUCUAAAUUUUAAGUACACUUUUUCAUUAAAAUCAGCCAUUGAAA